UUUGCCCGCGGUGGGCCGGCGGCGGGGGGCCCGGAGGGCCCCGAGCCCCCGCUCAGCGCUCGCUGCACCAACGCCGGCGUCUCGGUGCUGGAGGUGCCGCCGGAGCAGCAGCGCGACCCGGGGCGGCUGCAGCGCUACAGCAUCGAGCACGUUGACCUCGGCGCCCACUAUUACCGCGACUACUUCCACGGCAAAGAGCACUCCAACUACUUCGGUGUGGAUGAAAAGCUGGGCCCCGUGGCCGUGAGCAUCCGGCGGGAGCGGCUGGAGGAUCACAAGGAGCACGGGCCGCAGUACCAGUACCGCCUCAUCUUCCGGACCAGCGAGCUGGCCACCCUGCGGGGCUCCAUCCCGGAGGAUGCCAUCCCCACCACCACCAAGCCCGGGACGGGGCGGGGGCUGCCCCUGAAGGACGCGCUGGAGUACGUGGUCCCCGAGCUGAACAUCCACUGCCUGCGGCUGGCCUUGACCGCAGCCCCGGCCAAGGUCACCGAGCAGCUCCUCAAGCUGGACGAGCAGGGGGUGAGUGGGGGGCCAGCCGACUCCACGGGCACGCACUCGCUGUACACGACCUACCAGGACUAUGAGAUCAUGUUCCACGUCUCCACCAUGUUGCCCUACACCCCCAACAACCGGCAGCAGCUGCUCCGGAAGAGGCACAUCGGGAACGACAUCGUCACCAUCGUCUUCCAGGAGCCCGGCGCGCUGCCCUUCACACCUCAGAGCGUCCGCUCCCACUUCCAGCACGUCUUCAUCGUGGUCCGCGCCCACAGUCCCUGCACUGACAGUGUGUGCUACAGCGGCGGCGACCACGUGCUGCUGCGGGCACCCGACGAGAGUCCCGGGGACAUCCAGGAGAUCGUGCAGCGGCUCAAGGUAGUGACGUCGGGCUGCGAGACGGUGGACAUGACGCUGCGGCGCAACGGGCUGGGCCAGCUGGGCUUCCACGUGCGCUACGACGGCACGGUGGCCGAGGUGGAGGAGUACGGCUUCGCCUGGCAAGCCGGCCUGCGCCAGGGCAGCCGCCUGGUGGAGAUCUGCAAAGUGGCCGUGGUUACCCUCAGCCACGACCAGAUGAUCGACCUGCUCCGCACCUCCGUCACCGUCAAGGUCGUCAUCGUCCCGCCCCACGAGGAUGGCACCCCCCGCAGGGGCUGGGCCGAGUCCCUGGAAGCGCAGGGCACGGAGCCCAAGGCGGAGCCGGAGAGCGCGCCGACCGGGUACCGCCCGCCCUAUCGCAGCCACUCGGCCUGGCAGUGGAACGGCCCGGCCUCCCACAACCCCGGCGGGCGCUGGUCCGAGGCGCUGCCCCUGGGCCACGGCCAGUCCCUAUCGCGCCCACCCAAGCAGGCCCCAGCUGCUGUGCCCUACCGCGACCCGCAGCCCCCGCACGGCAAGAGGCCCGUGAGCUUCCCCGAGACCCCGCACCUGGCAUCGCCGGCGGGCACGGAGCGCCCCCAGCCCUACCGGCAGCCCUCAGGCAGCUUCUCAACCCCUGGCUCAAGUGGGGCCAUCUUCACCCGGUACAAGCCGUCCCCGGAGAGAUACGCGGCUGCCUCCCCCCGGUCCCUGCUGCCCUUCGAGCCCCCCAACUAUGGCCCCGACGCAGGCUCCAGCGGCGACUCCUCGUCCGGGGGCCUCGCCAGCCAGGAUAGCACCAUGGAGCGGCACAAGCCAGAGCCCCUGUGGCACGUGCCAGCGCCGGCCCGGCUCCCGGCGGCAACAGCCGGCCUCGCCAAGCGGCCCAGCAGGCAGGAGCUGGCGGGCAAGGACUCCCCCAACCGGCCUCCCAAGUACUCGAGCCACUCCAGCAGCAACACGCUGUCCAGCAACGCUUCGAGCAGCCACAGCGACGAGCCCUGGUUUGACGCACCCGACCCCGCUGAGCCCGAGCCCGACCCGGCCUCUGUGGGCGGCUCCAGCGACAGCGGCAUCGACACGGCGCUCUACACCUCCAGCCCCGGUGCCCGGCCCACCCGCCCCACGCCGGCCCACGCCGCUGGCCUGCCCGACAACGGCAAGCGGAGGGAGCCUGUGCCCGCCGGGCAGAGCUGGGGCUACCGGCACAAGGGCUACGUCGGCAGCGCCGAGUCCUACAAGCCACCUGGCACGCGGCAGGGCUACCCGGUGCCUGGCUACAAAGCACCCACGGCGGAGACGCCCCGGCCGGCUCAUGGACCCCAGCCCGGCUCCUUCCCGCUCUCUGCCUCCGUGCCCAAGUCCUUCUUCUCCAAGCAGGCAGCCCGGGCCAAGCACAGCGCGGGGUGGAGGCGAUUGGACGAGUCCCCCGCGCGGCCCCCCGAGCCCAAGAGGCAGGUGGCCGCCAGCCCCCGCAAUGUCUUCGGGCAGCCGCGGCUACGGGCGUCGCUGCGGGACCUGCGCUCGCCCCGCAAGAGCCCCAAGUCCAGCAUCGAGGACGACCUUAAGAAGCUCAUUAUCAUGGACGCCGUCAGCCCUGAGCCCGACUGUGAUGGCGUGUCGCCAAAGAUGCUGCAGCGGACGCUGUCAGACGAAAGCCUGUGCAGCGGGCGCAGGGACCCCAGCUACGCCGCCGCCCCCACCUGCUUCGACCUGGUGCUGGCCAGCGACGUCCUUUCUGGCAGCGCCUUCCCCUCCAGCACGCUGCCCGUGCGCCGCCAGCCCGGGCCCGGCCCCAGCCUCCCCGAGAAGUCCGCCAUCUCGGCCUCCGAGCUCUCCCUCGUGGACACACGGGACAAGCCGGUACGGCGCCUGGACCCCGGCCUGAUGCCCCUGCCCGACACGGCGGCCGGCCUGGAGUGGUCCAGCUUGGUCAACGCCGCCAAAGCCUAUGAAGGUAGGAGCCCGGGUCCAGGGAGAGCGUCCGACCCACAUCCCCCACGCUCAGAGGUGCACGGGUGCAUCCAGGGCCCCGGGGGUUUCCCGCCCCUCUCGGUGGGUGCUGUGUCCGGCUGGCCAUGCUCGGCGCUGCCCGUGCCCCUGGGGUCCGUCGUGUCCUUCCCUCCCCCCGGUGCCCACCGGCAUCUCCAGCUGAGCAAAGGGCGGGGGACGGAGCUGCCUCUGCGCCGGCACCGCCUUCCCACUCCAGCGCCAGGCGCGCUGCCCCGGGGGGGGGAGCGUGACCUGCUUUCCAGGCCUCCCCCCCUGCGCUUGGCUGGGAACAGCCCAGCCCAACCCAACCCCAGCUCCCGGCUCUUUGUGGAGCCCUCCGUGGACCUGCCGGGGAAGGUCUGCCAGCUGGAGGCCAUGCUCAAGCAGCUGCAUAACGACCUGCAGAAGGUACCGGGGGGUGGGCAGGUCGGGGGUCCCCGGACACCUGGGCUCCCUCCCGGCCCGGCGGGGUGGGGGGGCGCGGUGCCGGUGCCGUCCCAGACGCCCGGGUUCUCUGCCUAGGAGAAGCAGGACAAGGUGGUGCUGCU